AUGCACCACCGUCAGCGCCAGAACACCCCAUCAAGUACCGCCCCGACAUUGACGGCCUCCGAACGCUCUCUGUCGUCCCGGUCGUCCUCUUCCACGCGUACCCCGCACUCGAUCCAAGGCGGCUUUAUCGGCGUCGACGUGUUCUUGGUCAUCACGGGGUACCUCAUCUCUGGCAUCCUGUUCAAGGAAAACGCCAAAGGCACGUUCAUGUACGCCGCCUUUUACUCGCGACGCAUCCGGCGAAUCUUUCCUGCCUUGCUGCUCGUCCUCACCUUUACGCAUGGUCGUCGGGCGCUCCGGUCCAUGGCGGCCACGAUGAUGGCUGGGACGUUGUUCAGCGCCAACCUCCAGCUGCUCACGAUCGAGCAGGGCUACUUUGACGCGAGCGUCAAGGAGAAACCGCUGCUGCACUUGUGGUCACUGGGCGUCGAGGAGCAGUUUUACAUCUUCUGGCCGCUCUUUGUCUCGAUCAUCAGCCGCCUUUCAUUCCGCAGCGCGUUGGGGUGUCAGUUGAUCGUGGUGGUUGCGAGCUUCGUGUGCAACAUCCUCUUUCUCGGGUUCCAUGGUGAGAACAAGUACUCGUUCUACUUUCCGCUGAGCCGGUUCUGGCAAAUGGCCAUCGGUGGGCUCCUCGCAUAUGUGGAGCUGCCCACGCUCUCGGGGCCCUCCAAACUCUCGUCCGCGGCGCUCGUGCCACUGCCAUUCGCGUCGUCCAUCUGCUCUGUGGGUGGUUUCGCGGCGAUUGUCACGGGCUAUUGGUUCUUGCUUCCCACCCUCGGGACGGCCUGCGUCAUCUUUACAGGUCCGCUGCCGGUGAUCAACCAGUACGUCCUCGGCAACGCGGUGUCGCUGCUGUACCCCCGAGCCGACCUUCGGCCGGUGUAUGUGCAGCCAUACGCGAUGAUCGUUUUGUCCGAGGUGCUGAGCCUCGCAACUCUGUACUUGGUGGAAAACAACCUGCGCCGUCGCAAAGCUGCGUGGGUCGUUCUGGUGCUUUUUGUGCUGAUGGUGGCAGUCGGCGUGACUGCUGCCGUUGUGUUUAAAAUGACAGCAACGUUCUCGGUCAAAUCCAAGGAACUGGCAUCCACCCACCACGCGGGUGACUUGGCCCUGAUCGAAGAAGUCAAACCGAAAGUGCUGUUCAUCGUGACCAACUGGGUUAAGUUCCUUCGAGCUGGCGGACUUCAAGACAACGGUAGCUCUCCCCCGUGCUGCGCGCCUGGCUAUGUUGACUCGUGCCCCAACCAAAGCCGGAAAGACGUCGACACACUCGUCACUCUCUUCGAGCAAGAGAUCUCGGCAUUCGUGGUAUCAGGUAUCAAGUCGCAGUGCAUUUCGGGCCAAGGAGAAGCAUGCAUUCGUGAACUGGUGGAAAAAGCCAUCCGCAACGCGAACGCGACGCUCGUGGCCUUUUCAGAGAACCAGUGCGUUGACGAUGUGUGCCACGUGGUCUCGAUGAAAGAGGGCGAGCCAGUAUUCAAGGACAACGAUCACUUGCGACCGUACUUCGCGCGAAACUAUCUCACAAGCGUCGACCAGGUUGUUCAGGCCGCUUGGGAAUAA